AUGUCUGAAGACCUUAAGAAAAGACUCGCCAAGCGUCUUAUUGCCACAGAAAUUGGCUUAAAAUUCCAUCAGAAAAUCCCACGAAACCCAAGUACAGAGCGUCUACGUCCUCUCCCUACUCUUGUCCCAAAACUUAACUUACAAGAAACACGUUCAGUUUCUCAAAUGAAAAAGCGUGAAAAGCUCGAGCCAAUCCCUUCAAUUCUCCGUAAUAACCUUUCUUCACCUCUUAAAACAGAUCGCACAGGCAUGGAACGUUCACAAACCCCAUUUCUUGACACUAUCAAAGCCCAAGAAGAAAUUGGCCAUUCACGAAUGAGAUCAACCUCAAGAAACCCUCGUUCCAUCAAGAAACAUUUGCAUGGCGAUUUGCAUUUUCUCAAAACUGAAAUGAAAAACUAAACUCCCCCCCCCCCCUCCGUGAGCGAACAAAAAAAAUUUUGUUCGCUCACGGAGGGGGGUUAAUUUUUUUUUUUAAAAAAAUUUAUAUAUAAAUUUUAUAAAAAAAUAUUUUUUUCGAAAUUUAAAAAAAUCCUAAUUUGCAAAAAUUGGGAAGCAAAUAUUAAUUUAAUUUGCAAAAUUUAUGUUUUAAAACGCAAUUUGUUUAAAAUUAAACAGAAUUAGCUCUAGAUUUCAUUAUACUAAUUAUCACUUAUAUAUCAAAAUUUUUUCCAUUAAAAUUUUUUCUAUUAAAAAAAAUUUUUUCACUCACACGGAGGGUGGGUUUUUGGUCAAAAAAUGGCGAUUUUUCUAAUGGUUUUGUUCGCUCACGGAGGGGGGGGGGGAGUAAGCAAUAUGCCUACACCUUUAGAAUUUCUUCAGCUGAUUAAACAUUCACAGGAGCUCAGGGACGAUUUUUGGUACUGCAACCGUGGACAAGAUGCUUAUGAUUUGGAAUUUGUAAGCUUUAAUGAAAGAAAUCAAAAUGAAUAUUUCACUAUAAGCUCUCGUGGAAUUACCCAUUUCAGCCAUGGCGAUAUCUCAUUUUUAACACUAGAAGAGUGAGAAAGGGAAUACUUACUCCCUAAUUUUCAAUAGGAAAUAUUAUAGGUGAAAAAUAAUAAUUUUUUUGACUUAAUUUAUGGAAAAAACUCAUGGUAGAAUUCGCACUAAAUCGAAUAAUUUUAGAUUAAAUCUAUAAAAAAAAAUUAAUAAAUUUCGAUAAAAAGAAGUAAAACAGAAAUUUGUUCCAAUUUAAAUGGGGGAGUUAAUGUACCAAAAGCUCAAAAAAAUUGCAUUUUUUAAGCAAUAUAAAUUGUGGAAAGAUUUUUCUCUGUGGAAAAAUAUGAGGAGAAGAAUUAUGAUGAGGGAGAGAGCACAAUUUUUAGAGCAGGAAUUAUUUAUAUUAGAUAAUAAGCUAAGAGAGUCAUUUUUUGAAGUCAGAUACCAAUGCUACAGGAUAUCGAAAUUUGAUAUGAUUGAUUUAAGGUUUGAUUUGGUCAGAAGCAUCAAAAAUUAAGUCAAGUGUUAUAAGGCCAUAAGUGGAUAAAAUACUAGCCUCCUAUCUGGCGUAAACCCACCUAACUUAAGGAUUCGAUCCCUAGUAUAGUACCACCACUUGUGAAUGCCCCGCUAGUCUCGAUAAGCAAAUACUAAGUGGGAUAUAAAACCUGUCGGCUUUUUAAAGUUAGAAAAUACAGGAUAUUUAUAAAAUGUGUGUUUGUUAUUUUAAUAGGGUUCCGUGAGUUAGCUGACAAAAGGCAGCUAACCCUAUAAAAAAAAUAGAGAUAGCUGCCAAAUUUUCAAAAAUUAAGCGAGCUAGCUGCCCCUCUUCUGCAAGUAUCCCCAAACCCGAAGUCCUAACUCAAAAGUAUUUUUCAAGUUUCAUCGGGGCGGGCCAUACCAGUACAGAAUCCAACUUCUGUCGGCAUUACCAUUUUAUUUCUUCCUAUCCCCCUCAGCAAGCGAAUAAAACAAUUUUUUUGUUCACGGAAAGGAAAAUUUAUUUUUUUUAAAUUGAUAUAUAAUUUUAUAGUAAAUUUUUUUGGUAAAAAAAAAAAAAAAAAUUUCAUAAAAAAAUUGAGAAUUAAAUUAAUUUAAUUUGCUAAAUUUAUAUUUUUUAAAAAUGUAAUCUGUUUAAAAUUCAACAGAUUUCAUUAUACUAAUUGUCACUUAUAUUUCGAUUUUUUUUCAUAAAUAAUUUUUCGCACACACAGAGGGGAGUUUUUAACCAAAAAAUAAGGAUUUUUCCAAUGGCUUUGCUCUCUCACAGAGAGGGGGAGUUAGAAGUAUCAAGGAAUUUGUAGAAGAUCAAGAAAUUAGAAGGGAAAGAAGAAGAAUGGAACUGGAAGAUAUUGAAAAAAACAUUACCUCCCCCUCAUUUAUGAGAGAGCAAAGCCAUUGGAAAGAUUUUUAUUUUUGGGCGAAAGCCCUUGCAUUUUUAUAACAUAAAUUUGCAAAAUAAAUUAUAUUUUAAUUCUCAAUUUUUUACGAAAAUGGAUUUUUAAUUUUUCGAAAAAAAAUUUACUAUAAAUUUAUAUAUAAAAAUAAAAUACCACCCCAGAUGAGCGAACAGCAUGGUUUUGUUCACUUAUGGAGGGGAGUAAAGAAAAUGUAAGAGAAUCAUGCAAAAACUCUAUGGAGAGCUUUAGAAAAGCCAAUAAUACCAAUGUGCUGCAUGACGAUUUGGAGGAAGAAGAAGCAUUUUUAAUAGGAAAUAUGUAUAAUAAGCCUAUGCCAUAUACUCAUGAAGCCAUUAUUCGAACUCAUUUGAGAAGACUAGCAAAGUUUGUGAAGCUCUGUGAUUAUAAUAUUAUUGACUCAAAAAUCAAGCUGUGUAUAGCCACUUCCACAAAAAUGGUGGGGACAAUUACUUUUGACUAUACAAAUAGAGAAAGAGGUCUGAAUAAGCAAUAUCAACCUAUUAUCAUUAUAGAAGCUGAGCUAUAUAAAAAUGAAAUUACUUUUAGUCCAAAUAUAGAAGAGCUGAGAAACGCAAUUUCUGAUGUCAUUAUAAAAUCAAUUGAAUUGGUAUCAAACAAUAAGAAUUUAUCGCACUCCAAAGAAUUUGAUAAUUUAAGGAGAGCCAUGAAUGAGUUUGCUGAUGAUUUCUAUGAUGAUAAUGUCGACUUAAUGCAAAUGAUAUUGGAUAACAACAAUAUUCUUAUGCUAGAAACUAAGAUAAGAGAAGGCUUGGAUUCCAGAUUUGAAAACGUUGUAAGAGCUUCUGACUACUUAAAGGGCAAUAUUAAAGAAUAUAUAUGCUUAAAUGACAGGAACUACCAUUCUAAUUUUUCAUUUGUUAAUUUUUUUUAUAAAAUACUAGAUAUUGAUUUCAUGUAGUCAUGAAGAAAGCUCAUUUAGGGAGCUUAGAUAAUCAGCAUCUGAAAAUAAAUAAAUUCAAAACUGUUGAAAUUGAAGUACUAAACUCCCCCCCCCUCCGUGAGUGAACAAAACCAUUAGAAAAAUCCCUAUUUUUUGCCCAAAAACCCACCCUCCGUGAGUGAACAAAAAUUUUUUUUAAUAGAAAAAAUUUUUUUAUAGAAAAAAAUUUUGAUAUAUAAGUGAUAAUUAGCAUAAUGAAAUCUAGAGUUAAUUCUGCUUAAUUUUAAACAAAUUGCAUUUUAAAACAUAAAUUUUAUAAAUUGAAUUAAUAUUUGCUUUCAAAUUUUUGCGAAUAAGGAUUUUUUAAAAUUUCGAAAAAAAAACAUUUUUAAAAAUUUAUAUAUAAAUUUUUUUAAAAAAAAAAAAAAAACCCCCCUCCGUGAGUGAACAAAUUUUUUUGUUCACUCACGGAGGGGAGUAAGCAACACUAUUAAAAGAUAUAAAAAACAAGCAGAAGUUUUCAAAAAUUUGGUUGAUCUAAAAGAUGUCGGGAUUUUCCGACUAGAUGCCUCAAAAAUAAAGAAAAUAAUAAUCCCAUCACCAAUUGAAUGCAUUUCUAAGCUAGAAAGACUACUACCAGAUUUAGCAUAUGAAAGAUCACAAAACCUGUACCAAGAAGUAUCAGGGGUUAAUAAAAAGCUUGGGAAUAAUCCUCAUGACAUUCAUCAAUAUAUCCAGCAAGUCUUAAUUUUAAGAGAUAUUGAAGAAAAAUCGCAGUCUUUAGGCUUGAAAAUCAAUGAAUUGAAAGAAAUGAUGGGACUGAUGGAAACUUAUAAUAUACCUGCAGGAGAUAAUACUAAAGACAAAUACAAUGAUGCCAUGAAGGCUAUAGAAAUUAUGCGGCAAAGGACUAAUUUAGCUUAUAUGAAGUCUGAAGGAAACAAAAUAAAGUUCACCAAGGAGCUGAAAACUCAUAUAGCUACUGUUGACAAAAGAGCACAAGUACUACAAGCUCAGCUCAAAGACCCUGCUAUAAGUGAUAAAAACUCAUCACCAAUAUUAGUCUCAGAUCUUCUCAAGCGUGUAGGAAAAGACGUUGAAGAGCUUUAUACAGACGCAAACAACUAUUCGAUGUAUUUAGAUGUUUUAGAGCUCGAAAGGAAAAAUUUCAAUCACGUAAUAAACCUUCGCCAGGAUUAUAUAUUAAAAAAUGACAUGUGGAGUGCUCUAAAUGACUGGACAGGCAAAUUAGGCAUGUGGAAAGAAACCCCAUUCAAAAGCAUCGAUGUAGAAACAAUCGGCGAAGAAGUUGAAGGGUUUUAUAAAGUUUCUCUAAGAUCCCGGCAGCUAGAAGAGCAAGGAAAUUUUGUUGGACAGUGACUAAAACAGCUUGUAGAAGAGCUCAGGGAUACAAUGCCAGUAGUUAUCGACUUAAGGUGCCCAGCAUUAAAAGAGAGACAUUGGAAAGCUCUUCGAGAGAUUUUAAAGCAAGAUAUAAACAUUGAAGACACAAAUUUCACAUUAAGCACGCUUCUAAGUAUGAGAGUCAACGACAAAAAAGAAGAAAUCUGCGAAAUCGCACUUAAAGCUAGAAAAGAAGAAGAGCUAGAAAAACAAUUGCGGGAAAUUUUAAGGCCAUGGGAAACCAUUGAAUUUCAGUUUAAAUACCUCCGAGAUAAAGAUUUUUAUAUUUUUACUGCAAUAGAAGACAUCUCUUCAUUACUAGAAGACACCCAAGUCGUCAUUACCACAAUUCUUACUAACCGUUAUAUUGGAUCUCUAUUCGAUGAAGUCGACAAGUGAAAUAAAAAAUUUUCCUUAUUUGCAGCCACUUUAGACGAGUGGUUAACUUGCCAAAAGCACUGGGGAGAGCUUGAAAAAAUAUUUUCAUCACAAGACAUUGCAAGACAAAUGCACGAUAAAACAAAAAAAUUCAAUCAGGUAAAUGUCCAGUUUAAAGAACUCAUGAAGUCUACUUAUCAAUAUCCUUUGGCACUACAAGCAGCUACUAUUGAAGGGACUUUACAAAAAUUGCAGGCUUGGAAUAAGACCUUAGAAGUACUGCAGAGAGAUCUUGAAGAAUAUUUGGAUAAGAAAAGAAGGAUUUUCUCACGAUUUUUCUUUAUUUCGAAUGAAGAACUGAUCACUAUUCUAUCGAACUCUCAGAAUCCUGGGAUAAUCCAGCUAAGCUUGAGGAAUAUGUUUGAUGGGAUUUAUUCAUUGCAAUUUUCUCAAUCUAAUCCAGACGAUAUUGAAGCUAUGAAAUCUGGGGAAGGAGAGGUCAUAUACCCUCUUAUAUAAAUGCUCAUUAUAUAGUAUAAAAAAUAUUGAAAAGCAUAUUUAAAUAAAAACCAUAUAUUUUUGCCAAGAAACACCAAAAUUAAAUCCAGAGUUGAAGACUGGCUUGAAAACCUUGAAAAAGCUAUGAAAAUUUCAAUAAAGUCAGAAAUCAGAGAAGCUUUACGAUCAUACUCCCCUGUCCGAAGAAAAGACUGAAUCUUGCGAACUCCCACACAAAUUGUUUGUGUGGUCGAUAUGAUCAUAUGAUGCUCUAACACCCAAGACGCAAUUUCUCAUUCACACCAUGCAGUUCGCGAGCAUUAUGACGCAAUGAUGGCUCAACUGAUGGAACUCAUAAGAAUUGUCAGCACUGAUCUGACUCUUCUUCAGCGCCGAACAACAGUGGCAUUAAUUACCCAAACAGUUCAUAAUCGUGACAUUGUAGAAUCUAUAAAAGAAGAAGACGAGCUAAUAAGCAUUCACGACUUCAAAUGGCUACAACAGCUAAGAUAUAACUGGGAUAUAGACUCAGAAGACACCACAAUUAAGCAGGUAAAUGCAAGCUUUUUAUAUGGAUAUGAGUAUUUAGGAGCCUAUUCACGAUUAGUAAUUACCCCUCUCACUGAUAGAUGUUGGAUCACAAUCACAAGCGCUUUACAUAUCAAGAUGGGAGCUGCUCCUGCUGGACCUGCAGGGACGGGGAAAACUGAGUCUACUAAAGAUCUAGCUAAAGCUUUGGGCAGGUAUUGUGUUGUGUUUAAUUGCUCAGAACAAGUGACUUUUCUUAUGACACAGAAGCUGUUCAUGGGGCUUUGCUAUACAGGAUCAUGGACUUGCUUGGAUGAAUUUAAUCGUAUUGAUAUAGAAGUUUUAUCAGUGAUAGCGUCUCAGUUGAGAUCUAUAAAGCAUGCUAAGCUAGAGAAUAAAAGCGAUUUUUUGUUCGAGGAAUAUAACAUUCCUUUAGUUCAGUCUAUGGGAGUUUUUAUGCUUAAUUAUUAUUAAUAAACAAAUAUCUAUAAGAAAAUAAAUAUAUUUUGGUAUAAUCUGCUAUAAGAGUUAUUAUAGAGACUUAGAAUAUUACAAUGAAUCCAGACUAUGUAGGAAGAACUGAACUUCCUGAUAACUUAAAAGUCCUUUUCAGACCUGUCUCAAUGAUGCUUCCUGAUUAUACUUUAAUAGCAGAAAUCAUGCUAUUUGCUGAAGGAUUUAGCAAUGCGAAAGAACUCUCUGGAAAAAUGACAAAGCUCUACAAACUAAGCUCAGAGCAGCUCUCACAGCAAGACCACUAUGAUUUUGGAAUGAGAGCAGUAAAAAGUGUAUUAAACAUGGCUGGACAGCUCAAAAGAAAAGAACCCAAACUAGACGAAUCAGUUGUACUAAUCCGCGCCAUGAGAGAUUCCAAUGUCCCGAAGUUUUUGAAAGACGAUUUAGAUCUGUUUGAUGCUAUUGUUCAAGAUUUAUUUCCAGGAAUUGCAAUACCUAAGCUGCAAUAUGGUCUUCUAGAGCAGUCUAUCCAUGAAUGCAUCCAAGAGCAAGGCCUGCAACCUGUCCCUACUUUUAUAGAAAAAGUCAUUCAGCUCUAUGAAACUAUUUCAGUCAGAUUUGGAGCUAUGUUGGUAGGCCCAGCAAUUUCUGGUAAAACAGAAUGCUAUAAAACACUAGCCAACGCAAUAACCAAUUUACGGAUCAAGCAUAACUCAGAUCAAGAAGAGUAUCAAAAAGUUUCAUAUACUGUCAUAAACCCUAAAGCUUUGUCUAUGGGUGAGCUUUUUGGAGAGUACAAUGAUGCCACUCAGGACUGAAAAGACGGUGUAGGAAGCCAUAUAAUGCGUGAAUACUCCAAGCGAGAGGACACAAACUACCAAUGAAUCAUUUUUGAUGGACCUGUCGACUCUUUAUGGAUUGAAAAUAUGAACACUGUCCUCGAUGACAAUAUGAUGCUUUGUUUAGGAAACGGAGAAAGAAUGAAGCUCCGCAAAGAAAUGAGGGUUUUAUUUGAAGUUCUAGAUUUAGCUUCUGCAUCACCUGCAACUGUAUCAAGAUGUGGGAUGGUUUAUAUGAACAUUGAAGCUGUAGGCUGGAAACCAUAUGUAAAAUCGUGGCUAAAGACUUUGGAAAAUUGGAAUACAGAGCAGAUUGACCACAUUGAUUAUCUUAUAUCUUUAUAUGUGGACAAAUCAUUGAAAUAUAUAAGAAGAAACCUUAAUGAGUAUAUUAAUACUAUGGAUAGCAGCUUGGUCGUGAAUUUGUGCUCAUUAGUUAAAGCGCUUGUCCCUGCAAAUUGCCCAAGACUGAAUGAUGAGUUUCCAAGCUUUAAGAAAUUCAUUGAAAAAGUGUUUGUGUUCUGUGUAACGUGGAGCUUAGGAGGGGCGCUUGAUGGACGCAGCGCUUCAAGAUUUGACCAAGUUAUGAGCUCAGAAAUAGGGAGUGACUUGCCAAAAGGGUCUUUAUAUGAUUCUUUUGUAGAUCCUUCUAAAAGAGGUGGGGAGUAUAAAACUUGGGACUCAAUUCGUCCUCAAUUUGUGUAUAAUCCUAAUGUGCCGUUUAAUGAAAUUUUUGUGCCGACUGUGGAUACUGUAAAAUAUGAGUAUCUAUUGAAGCUUAACAUUAUAUCACAAAAACCUAUGUUUUUACUUGGGCCAACAGGAGUUGGAAAAUCAGUUUUAGUGAAAAAUACUAUAAAUAUUUUGCAGGAAAAAAUGAGUCUGCAUCCAAUUUUCCUUACUUUUUCUGCACAGACUAAUGUGCAGAUUACUCAAAAUUCGAUUGUAAGCAAGCUUGACCAGAAAAGGAAAGACUUAUUAGGUGGUCCAGGGAUUAAUAAAGUAGUUAUCAUGAUUGAUGAUGUCAAUAUGCCAAACAUUGAGGAAUUCGGAGCACAGCCACCUAUUGAAUUAAUACGGCAACUUAUAGAUGGUGGGUAUUUCUAUGAGAGAUCUAAAUAUUAUCAGUUAAGAGUUAUUGAUACCACUGUCAUAUGCUGUGCAGCUCCACCUGAAGGCGGCAGACAUCCAUUAUCCCCUCGGUUUACUCGGCAUUUCCAUUUAAUUUCAAUCCCUCAGACAAGUGAAGAUAAUUUGCAAUAUAUUUUCAAAAGUAUUUUAGAAGGAUUUUUCGCCCAUGGUUUUAAAACAGAAAUUAUUGCUCUUACGAAUGCAAUAGUUGUAAGCACAACUACGAUUUAUCAGUCAAUAAGUAAAGAGCUACUACCAACUCCUUCGAAAUCUCAUUACAUUUUCAAUAUGCGAGAUGCUGCUAAAGUUUUUCAAGGCCUUAUGCAAAUAAAGCCAAAAACUAUAAAAAAUCAAGACACUAUGAUUAACUUGUGGGUGCAUGAGACUUCAAGAGUUUUUUCUGACAGGCUUGUGACUAUUGAGGAUAAAAACUGGCUUAAAGAAUCGAUUGUAAAAAUGCUUAUUCAAUGCUUCAGAAAAAAUAUUUCCUUACUCCCCCCUCCGUGAGCGAACAAAAAAUUUUGUUUCACUCACAGAAGGGGUUUAAGUUUUUUUUUUUAAAAAAAUAUAUAAAUUUUAUAGAAAUUUGUUUUUCGAAAUUUUAAAAAAUACUAAUUCGCAAAAAUUGGAAAGCAAAUAUUAAUUUAAUUUAUAAAAUUUAUGUUUUAAAAAGCAAUUUGUUUAAAAUUAAAUAGAAUUAGCUCUAGAUUUCAUUAUACUCAUUAUCACUUAUAUAUCAAAAUUUUUUUCCAUAAAAAAUUUUUGUUCACUCACGGAGGGUGGGUUUUUGGGCAAAAAAUAGCUAUUUUUCCAAUGUUUUGUUCACUCACGGAGGGGGGGAGUUAGAUGAAUUGGAUGAAGUUUCUCCUAAGCUUUUUGGAGAUUUUUAUAGAGGAGAUCUAGAUAUGAAUGAAAGAGAGUACGAAGAAUUCCCAAACACUCAAAUUCUGAAUAAAAAGGUCCAUGAGUUUCUAGUCAACUAUAACUUGAACAAAUCUAAUAGCCUUGACAUUGUUAUGUUCCAAGAAGCUUUAGAGCAGCUGCUAAGAAUCUGCAGAGUUCUGAGGAUGUCAAGAGGAAACAUGAUGCUUGUUGGACUCAGCGGGUCUGGCAAACAAAGUCUUACUAAGCUAGCAGCUUAUAUAUGCCACUGCACAGUCUUCCAAAUCCACAUCACAAAAGUGUAUAAGCUGUCCUUAUUUAGAGAAGACUUAAAAAAGCUGUUUAUCCAAGCAGGAGGGGCUAAGCCUACACCUACAGUGUUUAUCCUAAACGACAAUCAAAUUGUGUCUGAAUCUUUCUUAGAAGAUAUCAAUAACUUAUUAAACUCAGGAGAAAUCCCAAAUCUUUUCACAAAAGAAGAACUAGACGUUGUAGAACAAGACAUCAGGUAUAUUGUGGAAAAAAAUAAAAUGCACGUAGAGAACAUUUAUAAUUUCUUUAUUCAAAGGGUAAGAGAAAACCUGCAUGUGGUUUUGUGUAUGUCACCUGUAGGACAAACUUUUAGGCUUAGAAUGAGAAUGUUCCCAUCAUUGGUUAACUGCUGCACGAUCUCAUGAUUCCCACCAUGGGGAGAAGACGCAUUAUUAAAUGUGUCAUUAAGCAGGAUGUAUGAUUUACAAAUAUCAGAGUCAGACCACAAUGAAGCGGUCAGGCUGAAAAACGCCCUUGCAAGAGCUUGUGUUUUUGUCCAUUCCUCAGUAGAGUCUGUGGCUGACGAAUUUUACCAAACCCUCUCACGCCAUGUCUACGUAACCCCAAAAUCUUAUUUUGAUAUGAUAAAAUGUUUUAAAAAUCUUUUUUACUCAAAAAAAGAAGAGCUCAGUUUAGACAAAUCAAAAUAUCUUAAAGGGUUGUCACAGCUAGAAAAAACUCAUAAAGACGUGCUAGAAAUGCAAGAGACGCUUAGAGAGCUUCAGCCAGUUCUAGAAGCAAAGAAAAAAGAAAGCGAACUUUUGGCUCAGAAAAUUGAGCUAGAUACUAUUGAGGCAAAUAAUGUAAGAAGAGUUGUGGAGGACGAAGAACGAGAAGUUAAUCAAAAAACACAAGAAAUUCAAAGGCUGCAAGAAGAAGCUGAGUUUGAUUUCCAACGAGUUAUGCCGAUGCUUGACUCUGCAAUAAAAGCAGUUGAAUCGAUUAAUCCUAAAGAUAUCACAGAAAUCCGAACUUUUCCAAGCCCGCCACCAUUAGUUGUGUAUACUUUAGAAGCAAUUGCAAUUAUUUUAGAGCAUAAAACUGACUGGGAUUCAAUAAAGAGGCUUCUGAAUAGCAAUUUUAUAGAUACUUUGAAAAAUUUCAAUAGAGACGAUAUCAAGCCACAGGUUAUCAACAAGCUUCGCUAUAAAAUAAGCUCAAACCCAAAUUUCACACCAGAUAGAGUAGGAUCACAAAAUCAGUCAUCAAAAUCGUUAUGCCAAUGGGUAUUUGCAAUAGAACAUUAUGCGAAGGUUAUAAAAGAAGUCACACCAAAACGACUGAAGUUAGAAAAAAUGAAUAAGGCUCUCGAAGAUGCACUGUCAGGACUCAGAGUGGCAAGAGAUAAGCUGCGAGUUGAACUGCAAAAAGUCGAGGACUUAGAAAAUACAUUACGAGAAGUAAUUAACGAAAGAGACAAGCUAGGGGAGCAGAUUAUGACAGACAUGAUCAGGCUUACAAGAGCUUCUGUACUAACCGAUGGCUUAAAAGAAGAGCAAAUCAGAUGGGGAAGCCUAUACGAAACAUUAAAUAACAGACUCAGCCAUUUAAUUGGCGAUACCUUAAUGGCCGCUAUCUGUGUCAGCUAUUACGGGCCAUUUACCGGUUCAUUUAGAAACCAGCUCGUUAGCAUGUGGAUCAAAAAAUGCCAAAGCUUACAAAUUCCGCUCUCAGAAGAGUUUGAUUUAGCUAAUGUUCUAGCAUAUCCUCUUUUAAUAAGAGAAUGAAAUAUAGCAUCCUUGCCAUCUGAUUCAGUAUCAAUAAAUAACGCAAUUUUAGCAACUAGGUCAGAAAGGUGGCCUCUUAUGAUUGACCCUCAAGAGCAAGCUAAUCGAUGGAUCAGACAAAUGGAGCAGCAAAACAAUAUAAAAAUAGCCAAAGACUAUGAAUCAGAUUUUAAUAGAACUCUAGAAGCUUGUCUAAGGAAUGGGCUGCCUAUGCUAAUAGAAGAUGUAGGAGAGUCACUGAAUCCGUCACUGGACUCUAUUUUCCAUAUGAAUAUUGUUGAGAGGACGAAGAACAUGUUUGAAAUUAAAUUUGGGGACAAUUACAUUGAUUAUGACAUGAAAUUCAGACUUUAUAUCACAACAAAAAUUUCGAACCCUCAUUAUUUGCCAGAAACUUUUAUCAAAGUUAACAUCAUUAAUUUCACUGUCACAAGUGAAGGGUUGGAAGAACAGUUAUUGGCAGAAAUUGUAAGAAUUGAAGAGCCAGAAAUCGAAAAACAAAAAGUCAGCUUGAUCAUUGAUAUAGCAAAAGACCAAAAAAAGCUUAAACAGUUAGAAGACAGCAUAUUAAACACUUUAUCAGAAACAAAGGGAAAUAUUUUAGACGACGCAAAGCUGAUAAACACUUUAAAGAGCUCUAAACAGCUGGCACAAGAAAUUAAUGAUAGAGUGAAACAGUCAGAGGUUACUAAAAAAUUAAUAGAAGAUGCAAGAGUAAAAUAUAAGCCUGUUGCUAUUAGAGGAUCUGUGCUUUAUUUUGUGAUUGCUGAUUUAGCUAUUAUUGAUCCUAUGUAUCAAUAUUCAUUGAGAUAUUUUUCAAAGCUUUUUAAUGACAUUAUAGAAAAGUCAGAGAAAACAGAAAUUUUAGAAGAGAGAUUGAGAAUUAUCAUAAAAAAUACCACUUUUAUUAUAUAUCAAAGCAUUUGUAAAGGACUAUUCAAUAGGCAUAAGCUGAUAUUUAGUUUCCUAAUUGCUUCAAAAAUUGCUAGACUAUCUAAAAACAUUGAAGACGCUGAAUGAAGCUUGUUUUUGAGAGGAGCCAGCAUAAUACCUCCAGAGUACGGCCGCCCCAGACGACCAGAAGGAAUUUCUGAAAAAGCAUGGAAUUUUGUGAUCUGUUUACAAAAUAUCAGUGAAAAAUUCAAAGUCCUCGGAAAAUACGUCGAUCAAGACAUUUUGCAAUGGCUUGAAUGGAUAAACUGUGGCGAUCCUACCACAGCUCCUCCUCCUGCUCCAUACAGCGACUUAUCCAUUUUUCAUUUACUCCUCCUCAUGAAAGCAUUCCGUGAAGAAAAAAUUUUCACACUUGUAAAUCGAUUUGUUGACGAAAAUCUUGGGCCUGAAUUUUUGCAAGCCAGCCAAAUUUCUAUUGAAGAGCUAUUCCAAGACAGUCGACCUAAAAUCCCAUUGAUUUUUAUAUUGAGUUCAGGCGGAGACCCUAUGAAUAUGAUUCAAAAAUAUGCGAAAAUCAGAUCGAUGAAUGAAAAACUAGAUGUGAUUUCGCUUGGAAAAGGCCAAGGAGAAAGAGCUAAACGGUUUAUUGAGCACGGAAUAAGAGAAGGGAAAUGAAUUGUCUUGCAAAAUUGUCAUCUAGCUAAGUCAUGAAUGCCAGAACUAGAAAGGCUGGUUUAUAUUAUUGGCGAAACUAAUAGUCAGCCACACGAAGAUUUCAGACUCUUUUUAACAUCGAUGCCAUGUGAUUAUUUCCCAGUUGCUGUUUUGCAGAACGGCACAAAAGUGACUAGUGAGCAGCCAAAAGGGCUAAAAUCAAAUAUGCUUCGGUCGAUCAGCAUGAUCCAAGAAGAAAAAAUUGAGAAAUCUGCAAAACCAGAAGAAUUGAGGAAGUUUUUGAUGAGUUUGUGCUUCUUCCAUGGGGUUGUAAAAGAAAGACUGAAGUUUGGGUCUUUAGGAUGGAAUGUCAGCUAUGAGUUCAAUGAAAGCGAUUUUGAUACUUCCAUAGAAAUGAUCACACUUUUCCUUGAAGAAGAAUCAAUUCCUGUAGAUGCAAUUAAAUAUAUUACUGGAGAAAUUAUUUAUGGAGGCCGAGUAACUGAUUCUAUUGACAGGAGAACCCUUAAUAGCAUUUUGAGCUCAUUUGUGUCAGUAGAAGUCCUUGAGCAUGAUUAUGCCUUUUCUCCAUCAAAACUUUAUAAAAUCCCAACAGUUCACAAUCUAGACGGUUUUAAGCAAUAUGUAAAAACCCUUCCGAGUGAAGAUGACCCAGAAAUCUUUGGGAUGCAUCCAAAUGCUAACAUUACUUAUCAAAUAAAAGAAUCAGAGCUUAUAGUGCUAACAGUUUUAUCAAUACAGCCUAAAGAAAAAGGAAGACUUGGGAAGCCAUCGGAUACUAUUGUUGAUGAAAUUGCUAACUUAGCCCCCUCAGAACGAACAAAACCAUUGAAAAAAAUCCUUAUUUUUUGGACAAAAAAACAUGAGCGAACAAAAAAUUUUAUAUGAAAAAGAUUUUGAUAUAUAAAAAUGAUAAAUAUUAUAAUGCAAUCUCGAGCUAAUUCUGUCUAUUUUUAAUAGCUUGCAUUUUAAAAACAUAAAUUUUGCAAAUUCCAUUAAUAUUUGUUUUCCAAAUUUUUGCGAAUUGAGAUUUUUUUAAAUUUUCAAAAAAAAUUUUACUAUAAAAUUUAUAUAUAAAUUUAAAAAAAAAAAAAAAAUUUUGUUCGCUCACAAAAUUUUUUUGUUCUCUCAGAGGGGGAGUAAACAAAUCCUAGAAAUUUUGCCACGGCCGCUGCUAAUUUCGGAAGCUGGGCCAAUUACGUUUGCAAAAGAAAAAAAUGGGCUGAUGGACGCUUUAGCUACAUUCCUGAUGCAAGAAAUUUCCAGAUUCAAUAAGCUGUUAUCGUCUAUUCGCGCAUCAUUAGAAGAUUUAAGAAAAGCAAUUCGUGGACUUGCACUGAUGAGUGAUGAGUUGGAUUUGACGUAUGUUAGCAUUUUAAAUAACCAAGUUCCUCAUCUAUGGCAAAAAGUCGCUUAUCCUUCCUUAAAGCCUCUAGGGAUAUGAGUUGAUGAUUUAGUAGCGAGAACCAAUUUUAUCAGAACUUGGCUUAAGCUUGGGCCUCCUAACGCCUUUUGGAUAAGUUGCUUUUUCUUCCCCCAAGGGUUUUUGACUGCAGCUUUGCAAUCUUAUGCUAGAAAAUAUCAUGUUCCUAUAGACACCUUAAUGUUUGCAUAUGAAUUUCAGCAGUACACUGAUCCAGAUUACAUAGAAGAAAAGCCUGAAGAAGGAGUUUACAUUUAUGGGCUCUUUGCUGAAGGAUGCAGGUGGGAUAUGGAGUAUAUGGAGCUGCAAGAUUCCAGACCUGGAGAAAUGUUUACAAAAGUGCCUAUAAUUCUAUUUGUGCCUGUGAAUAAUAAAUCUGUAGAAACUGACGACUGCCCGGUGCCUGUUUAUAAAACAUCAGCUAGAGCUGGAGUGUUAUCCACAACAGGGCACUCAACAAAUUUUGUUAUUUUUAUUGAUUGCCCAAACUCACAAAAGCCAAGCUAUUGGAUAUUAAAAGGAGCUGCUUUUGUAUGCCAACUUAAUGAUUAA